CAGAAAGAAGAGAACACGUAGAAAAUGUUAAUUGUGAAAACUGCACGGAAUAAUAUUGAAAUAAAAUGCAUAGAGGAAUAGGGCCUACAGUAUAAAGAUAAUAUAACAAGAAACAAGACCCUUUCAUGAUAUGUUGAUGUUGAUUAUCUGUUAUGUGUUAAAUGUUACAAAAACUUUAGAUUCUUUGUUAUGAUUCCAUAAGAUCUACAGAAAAUGAUAAAUAUAACCCUGAUUUGCAUUUUUCAGUUUACCCGUAAGCGAGGCUAUAAUACAUAGUGCUAGUACAUUUUUUUAGUGACUAUUGAUCAGGAUGCUCGUUUCAAGGUUAAAGUUGCAUCGUUACCAGCAAAGCUGUUUUCGUAAUAUUUUGGUACAUGUUUUCAAUGGAAUUAGACCUAGUUCCUUUGUUAUUCAAUAAUAAAUCGUUUGUACAAUUUGAUUAUGAAUUUUAACUACAACUACGCACCCACACCAGCACCCUGGUGUGGAUAUACUAAUUCGGUUCCCUUGCCGAACAUUCCUCACUGCUGGCAUCACUCGUACAAUCCGGCGUGCUUUUGUGGAGGGUGGGAAUGCUGUCCCGAGCAAUAUUCACAGUAUUAUUCUCAUUACUCUGCACCUUACCCUAACACGGACGCGAUGAAACGGAGAUCGGAGAAUAGUAAUAAUGUUGAAGAACCUGCCAAGAAAACAUUUUGGGCCGCUGGUCUUCUAGCAGCUAUGGAAGACCCACAGUGCAUCGUAAAACAAGAUGAUAAAAUCGUGAUAAUUCAGGACAAGUAUCCUAAAGCAGAAUUCCAUUAUCUUGUGUUACCUAGAGAAGAUAUUUCAAGUAUAAAUAAAUUGAAUCGAGAACAUUUACCUCUUCUCGAACACAUGGAAGCAGUAGGACAGGAAAUAGCAAAAGAGCAUCCGAAUCAUAAAUUCCAGUUUGGCUAUCAUGCACUAGCCAGUAUGAUUCGUUUACAUCUACAUGUUAUCAGUGAUGAUUUUAAUUCACUUUCACUGAAGACAAAGAAACAUUGGAACUCAUUUACAACCUCAUUUUUCAUUCCUUCACAAGAUUUAAUUGAGAUCAUAAAAAGGGAUGGAAAAGCAAAGGAAAUCAGCCGAAGCCAUGCCAAGGAGCUUAUGGAUACUCCCCUUAAAUGCCACAAGUGUAAAAUGAUGCUUUCAAACAUGCCAAAAUUAAAACAACAUUUGUUGGUACAUCGUUUAAAAGAAAAACAUGCAACUGAAAAAUAAAGUUGACCGACUUUGAAGUUGUUUGUUCAUUGCUAUUUGUUGUGUCUUUUUAACAUUUCAUUUAAAUAUAGUGACAUUUCUAAUGUUAUUAUAUAUGAAAAUAAUUGUGAUAAAGGUAAGAAGAAUUUAAAAAGUCUUGUUCAAUUUCUCGAACCAGUUACCGAGUGUGCUUUAAGCUAAUCUUACAGAAUGCAGAAACUCUGUAUAGAAACUCUGAAGUCUGUUUUAUGUACAUAUAUCUAGAAGAAAAUUGUUUGUCUUGCACAUAUGUAUAGAACUCAGUACUGAAUAAUAGAGUUGUGCAAUACACUACCAGAUUGCAAAAUCAGAAACAUGUACAUUUUAUUUGCCAGUUUUUACAGUAUGUGUGUACCUAUUUUUAUGUGCUGAUAUUGCUGACAUGAAUUAAGAGUGAUCAGAUCCAUUAUUCCAAAGAACUCAAUAAACAGGCCAAAAUAUAGAACACAGUAAACAUGGAAAUCGCACCUGUGUUUUCAAUUCCUUUCUGACCUAUACUUAAGCUUCACCGCCAAUGAGAUGCUCUCUCUAUAUCCAUUCCUCAGUAGAAAAUUGUUUUUUCACUUGUUGAUUAACGAUUUUAAGAUCGAGUAUGGCAAUCAAUCUGAAAGGUCAUAUAGAAAAAUCCCACACUAUCCACAUUUCUGUACAGCAAUCUAUGCGAGCAUAAAACUUCAUCCCGAUUCUCAACUGUAUAUUUUGUUUGUACAAUCUUUUGUGUAGAAUAAGAUUUCUUUAAACAAGGAUUUUGAUAAUUUUUAAAGAUGGGUACUAUUAAUAUAUGUUUUAUUUUAUUCACUUAAAUUUGCAUGGUAUGUUCCAAAAUGUGGAAGAAAGAAAGUACAAACUUCUCAAUGCACUUGUCUAAUUUGUACAAGAUAUCUUUUUUUCAUGUUCCUCCUACAAGCAUAAAGUAUACCCCUGAAGAUAUAUAAACCACUGUUUGACAGCCUCUGCUCAAUAUUGUUGUAGAUAUUAACAAUGAAACGAUGUCUUGGUGGAAAAAGUACAUUUGUUUGGUGGUGUCCUGCUUCCACAUAACCAUAAAGGAAGUGUCAGAAAACAUUGUAAGGGCACAAAAACAUACAUCAAAUAUUUCUGGACGUGAGGAUUUUGUAAACUGUGAUAUAACACAGCUUUGGGGCAGUUACUCUGUGUUCAAUUUGUAAUAAUAUUUUUUUUUAUUACAAAUUAGUAUGAGAAGACAUUAGGGUUACCUACAUUGCGCACAUGUGUCUACUCAAGUAUUAGGGAAUUGUAACAUCUGUAAAUACAUAUUCUUUAAAAGAAACUGACAAUAUUAUAUAUUAUAAUGUUUGUUGACAAAAUAAAUUGUGAAUAUAUUCCUAUUUUGUCUUGCACC